AGAUUAAGCAGGUUACAUUUUUACUAGUAGGGUCAAAGAAUAAUAUAAGAACGUGACUUUCCUGAGUCAUAUUGCCUUCUGUUGUUAAAGCAAAUGGUAAGAAAUCCACCUCCUGCCCCAAAACAGAAAUGAGACAAUUAAACCUUACAGAUUUUGUUUUUUUCUUUUUGUUCUUGACUGAAUCCUUAACUCUGACCACAAAGCCUCAGGAUGUAGAUGACUUGAGCGUUACACAGAACUUCAUAGAAGAGAACACUGGAUACCUCACCAUCAUUGAAUUUGCUCAAUAUGUUCAGGAAGCAACUUUUGAGGAAGUGGAGAGGCUCAUGAAUGACAUGCUAGAACACAGAAGGAAAUGCAUGGCGGACAAGACACUUUCAGAAUGUUCAGAAACCACUAAUAACAUUUUACAGGAAAAGAUUUGUGCUAUGGAAGGGUUGCCUCAAAGAUAUAACUUUUCACACUGCUGUAGUAAAGUCGACUUUGAAAGACGGCUCUGUUUCUUCUACAACAAGAAAGCUGAUGUGGGAUUUUUGCCUCUUUUCCUUACUCUGGAUCCCGAAGAGCAGUGCCAGGCCUAUAAAAACAGCAGAGACUCUUUUCUGAAUCACUAUAUAUAUGAAUUUGCCAGAAGGAACCCUUUUGCCUUCGCUCCUACGCUUGUAACUGUGGCUGCCCGUUUUGAGGAGGUGGCAAGCACGUGCUGUGAAGAACAACACAAAGCCUCCUGUUUUGGAGUUAGGGCAGCACCUGUCACACGGUACUUGAAAGCAUUGUCUUCUUAUCAAAAAAAUGUCUGCGGGGCCUUCAUGAAAUUUGGACCCCAAGUUUUAAACUCGAUAAAUAUUGCUAUACUCAGUCAAAAAUUUCCCAAGAUUGGAUUCAAGGAGCUUACUUUUCUCCUAGAAGAUGUUUCUUCCAAGUAUGAUGGAUGUUGCAAAGGGGAUGUUACACAUUGCAUCCGUGGCAUGGACAAGGUUGUGAGCCACAUUUGUUCAAAACAAGAUUCCAUCUCCAGCAAAAUCAAAGAGUGCUGUGAAAAGAAAAUACAAGAACGCGGCGAGUGCAUACUUAACUCAAAUAAAGAUGACAAACCAAAGGAUUUAUCUUCAAGAGAAGCAAAAUUUACUGACAAUGAAAAUUUGUGUGAAGAACGAAAUACUGACCCAGACACCUUUUUUGCUGAGUUUCUUUAUGAAUAUGCAAGGAGACAUCCAGACUUGUCUAUUCUGGAGCUUUUGCGAGUUGCUGAAGUAUACAAGGAUGUCAUAGAAAAUUGCUGCAACACAGAACACCCUCGGACUUGUUACCACAGUGUGGAAGACAAAUUCAAUGAGACAACUGAAAAAAGCCUCAAGAUGGUACAACAAGAAUGUAAACGUUUCCAGAAUUUGGGGAAGGAUGGCUUGACGUCUUACUACCUUAUCAAACUCACCAAGACAGCGCCCCAGCUCCCCACUGAAGAACUGAUCUCUCUGGGCAAGGAGAUGGUGGUGGCCUUGACCACCUGCUGCACGCUAAGUGAAGAGUUUGCCUGUGUGGAUAAUUUGAUGGACUUAGUUCUUGGAGACCUGUGUGGUGUCAAUCAAAAUCGAACCAUCAACCCUGCUGUGGACCACUGCUGUCAGACCAGCUUCGCCUUCCGAAGGCCCUGCUUGGAGGGUCUGGAAGCUGACCCAAUGUAUGUGCCUCCACUCAUUGCGCAAGAUGUGUUUGCCUUUCGUGCAGACUGGUGUCAGGCUCAGGAUGAAGAGCUCCAGAGAAAGCAAGACAGGUUUCUUGUCAACUUAGUGAAGCUGAAGCCUGAACUCGCCAAUCAGGAGGUGCAGUCUUUAUUCACUAAUUUCACUGACACAGUGGAGAGUUGCUGCAAAGCCAAGGCACCCGAAGCCUGUUUUAACCAAGAGCGUCCAAAAAUUGGCAGUUGAAGACAGGUUGCUUGAGAAACAGUUAUAAAUUGCUCAAGCAAGUUUCCUGUAUGUCCUCUGGUAAACUUCAUUUCCCGAAGAGCAAUGUACAAAGGUUCAUCUGUAACCUUCAUCUGAAAUUGUGUUAUUGCAGCAAGCAAUAAACACAAAAUUGUGGUUAUUUCCCAUAUUGCUGUCAUUUAUCAUCCAAUCAUAAAGUUAAGCAGUCAUUGUUUAUUCAUUCCAUCAACUUUUUUUUUCCUUGCUGGCAAAGUCUGCCUUGCUCUGAGCAAUUUGAACUUGGAUUCAAAGCUGUGUGUUUCUAGAUCUCGCACUUGUCAUUCAUUACUGGAAAGAA